AUGGGCAAGAAGAGCUACCAGAACUAUGGCAAGACCUUCAGAAAGCCAAAGCGACCAUUCGAGAAGGAGCGAUUGGAUGGCGAAAUGAAGAUCAUCGGCGAGUACGGCCUCAAGAACAAGCGUGAGGUGUGGCGCGUCCAGUACGCGCUGGCCAAGAUCCGCACGGCAGCCCGAACGUUGCUGACCCAGGAGGAAAGGAGUGAGACACGUAUCUUCCAGGGAGAGGCAUUGCUGCGCCGCAUGGUUCGUCUGGGCCUUCUCUUGGAGUCCGAGAAGAAGCUCGACUUCGUGCUGGGCCUGACCACGGCCAAGAUCAUGGAGCGCAGGCUGCAGACCAAGGUCUUCAAGCUUGGCUUAGCCAAGUCCAUCCACCAUGCCCGCACACUGAUCCGCCAGCGCCACAUCCGUGUGGGCAAGCAGAUCUGUGACAUUCCUUCCUUCUUGGUGCGCCUGGACAGCGAGAAGCACAUCGACUUCGCCCUGACUUCGCCCUUCGGUGGAGGCCGUCCAGGCCGUGUGCGACGCAAGAUGAUGGCCUCCAAGGGCGGAGGCGGUGGUGGCGAUGAUGAGGAGGACUAA